GUCCGGCUAGAUCGUUUUACUAGAGAUUGACAAAGUUUCUUGUGCUGAACAAAUUAGUGCGAACGGACUCAAACAUUUGAGCAUAUAUACCAUUUUGUUUGUUCCGUUAAGCUAAGGACGUAUCAAGAAGUAUUAUAAUACUCGAAGAGCAGAACAUAGUUUGUGUUAAAGCAUGGCUGAGCCUGUGUUGCCCUGGGCCAAUUCACCCGUUGAGACCGCUGAGACGCAAGCAGAUGGCCAGGAGCCAGCUGAGCAGCAGGUGUCCGCGACAGGCACUGCUUUAACUCUAGAGGCAGCAGGCUUAGCGGUCGGAGGUCGUCUUGAGGUCAAGUGGCAAAUUGAGCCGGACGAGGGAGAGCCGUACUCAAAGUGGUGGGGCGCCACCGUCGUAGGGCCUAGCGCUCAGCAGGAUCCAAGUUAUCCUGGUGCACCCGUGUACGAGCUAUCGUACGACGCCCAUGAUGACUUCGAGCAGGAGCGGUGUCACGUUGUUUUCACCUCGGAACACACGCUGAAGCAGCUCGACCAAACAGAAGAGCUGUCGUGGCGCCGUGAGGGUGACGAAUGGGAGGCUGACGAGGACGAGGGGGAGGGUGCCGAGGCGGAGGGCGAGGAGGCGGCAAACAGCGAGGCUGUGCUCACGGUGGAGGACCUCAUCCGGGAUGAGAAGGAAAUCCUGGAUGGGAAGACGCUGGAGGAGGCGGAGGGCGAGGUGCUGGGUUCCCUGGAGCCGAGCAAGCGCAUCGCAGUGGCGGCGGGCUUCCGGGACUUUGCCGACAACCUCAUAUCCUUCCUGCGCGAGAAGGUCGCGGCGAGCGAGGGCGGCGAGGUGACUGUCACGCCGGAGCACGUGCAGGCAUUCAUGGAGAGCAUGAACAAGAAGCCGCGCAUUCGCUGACCUGCUGCAGCGCUGUUGCCGGACUGCUACCCAUGUAUGUUGACGUUUCACACAUAUGUACAUUUCGUUUUUUGUAUACUGCUCAAACGGUGGGACGUGGUUUGAAAGCCUAGGUUAGCGGUCUAGGCCGGCCUGUGAGGUGGUGUAGGGGGCGCAAAACGUGGGGUCCUGUGGGGUGCAUGGUUGGACGGUCGGCCGCUGCGUUUGGGCUGCUGUUCCAACCCCGUGGCCUACCAACCUAACGCGUCAUGGCCUCGGCAAAAAGUUGAUCUUGUUGUAGCUGUUUACUGCGUUUGGAUGCUGAUGAGUUGCCGCGCAAAUCGCGUGCAUUGCUCAGGCUUGAAGUACUGCCAGCCACCGGUGUAUUGUAGUUGACCGGCCCGCCCGCCAUUGCCGUGUAUUUCUCUGCAUGUAAGAUUACGAACCGUUCCUAAUGGUUUCAUGGAGGCCCAACAACAAACUGGAUAAAGGCCUUGGCUGUCCGGCGACCCAUGGGACCACGGCCGUACUUGUGUUGUUGUAGUCCACGUGAUUUACAGUACUGACCAAGAAGCCUUACGGAGUUUCGGUUUGUUGGUCCGUUCGCGUUUGGAUACCGGCCGUACUUGCAUGGUGCUGUGCCCAACAUGCACUCGCCGGUGUUCGCCCCUGAGCCUGCCCAAGCGAGUGUGGUUACCUUUUCCAGGCUCACGUUAUGCAAGGCACACGUUCCA